GGCAUUGCAGGACUUAGAGCUCCCUUCUGGGUGAGGUGGAUCAUCUCAGGGAGGCGUGGGGGUGGUGAUGAGCCUUGAUGAGGGGACCAGGCCCCUGCUUCCCUGGCCCACCCCCGAGCCGGAACCCGCACUCUGGGCUGUCCUAGCAGUCGGCCUCCUGUGGUGCUGCCCGUCACUGAUGUUAGGCCUUACCCAUACACCUGGCACACCCAUCUGCCUCGCCCGGGAGGCUGGGGCGCCCCCCUGUGGCUCUGGCAGAUAGUUCUAGGAAGCACACUGGGGCUGUGCAGUUACCUUCCGUAUGACAGGCAAGGCCUGGGUUGCAUUAGGACUGGCUGCUGGCCCAUCACAUCACAGGGAAAGUUACUGCAUAGCUCCAGUGUGCUGCAAUGGGAAGCCAGUCUGUCUUUCUGUUAUAUUUCCAGGGUGCCCAUUGCUGUCGUACCUACGAACCGUGUUCAAGUGACAGCAUAGGCCUCAGAACCCCAUGUUACAUUGUUCCUCUGUGCUUGCCCAGGCUAUUGUAAGGGCAGAUUUUCCUUGCCCGUCACUGACAUUGCUGCCUGUCAGCCAGCACAUGCUGGCAUUCUAAGUCUAAGGAGCUGCAAGCAGUCAGCCUUGUCCUAAAGCCCCUCUGACUUUCUGCCAGUGAACAGUGCAGUAAGCUGGCUUCUGUGCACCACUGCGCUCCUAGAUGGCGUAUAUGUUAAAGAUGCUUAUGUCUAACCGAAUGAAGAUGAACUCCAGUGACAGCAGCAAAUCAGAGAAUGAUACUGAGGAAGAGGAGGAAGAAGAAGAGUUUGCAAAUGAACACAUUAAGAGACUGGGUGGAGGAAGUACAGAUAUGCAGCAGGAUGGCACUCCUCAGGAGGGAGCUUUUGAGACAGAGGACACAUGCCUAGGGCACAAGAGUUCAGAUGGGAAAAAUGAUCUGCUGACUGUCUCACUGAUCCAUCUGGAAGAACAAAUGCCAGAAGACUGUGAAGCAGAGACCACUCCAAGAAAGAAAAAGAGAAAACACAGGCUGCUGUCUAUCAACCUGACCAACUGCAAGUAUGAGAGCGUGCGGCGUGCGGCCCGACACUGUGGCCUAAAAGAAGUGGGGGAGGAUGAGGAGUGGACGGUGUACUGGACUGACUGCUCGGUCUCUCUGGAGCGCGUCAUGGACAUGAAGAGGUUUCAGAAAAUCAACCAUUUCCCGGGGAUGACAGAGAUCUGCCGGAAGGACCUGCUGGCCCGCAACCUCAACCGCAUGCUCAAACUCUUCCCCAAGGAGUACAGCAUCUUCCCCCGCACCUGGUGCCUGCCUGCUGACUAUGGGGAUUUCCAGGCCUACGGGCGCAUGAGGAAAAACAGGACGUACAUCUGCAAGCCAGACAGUGGCUGCCAAGGGAGGGGCAUCUUCAUAACCCGCAACCCAAAGGAGAUUAAACACGGGGAGCACCUGAUCUGCCAGCAGUACAUAUCCAAGCCCUUCCUUAUCGAUGGCUUCAAAUUUGACCUGCGUAUCUACGUCCUGGUCACAUCCUGUGACCCCCUGAAGAUUUUUGUCUAUGAGGAAGGGCUGGCCCGGUUUGCCACCAUGAGGUACAUCGAGCCCAGCAGCAGCAACCUGGACGAUAUCUGCAUGCACCUGACCAACUAUGCUAUCAACAAACAUAAUGAAAACUUCAUCCGAGACGACAUGAUGGGCAGUAAGAGGAAACUGUCUACCUUAAAUGCAUGGAUGAUGGACAACAGCUACGACACAACAGAACUCUGGGAAGACAUUGAGGACAUCAUUAUAAAGACCCUUAUCUCAGCCCACCCUGUUCUGAAGCACAACUACCGCACCUGCUUCCCCAACCACAUCACUGGCUGUGCCUGCUUUGAGAUUCUGGGCUUUGACAUCCUGCUAGACAGAAAGCUGAAGCCCUGGCUGCUGGAGGUGAAUCACUCUCCCAGUUUCACCACGGACUCACACUUGGACCGAGAGGUGAAGGACGCUUUGCUCUGUGACGCCAUCAACCUGAUAAACCUGCGAGCAUGUGACAAGAGGAAGGUGCUGGAAGAGGACAAGCGACGGGUGAAGGAGCGACUCUUCCAGGCCCACCAGCCACCUCGUGAAGCCAGACGUGAGCAGUUAGAGAACAGCCAGGCGGCCUGGCUGACCCAAGCGGAGAAGUAUGAGAACACGCACCUGGGAGGGUACCGGCGCAUUUACCCCGCGCGGGAGACAGACAAGUAUGAGCCAUUCUUCAAGCACAGUGGCUCCCUCUUCCAGGAGACAGUGGCUUCCAAGGCCAGAGAGGAGUGUGCCAGGCAGCAGCUGGAGGAAAUUCGCUUGAAGCAAGAGCAACGAGAGGCUACUACUGGGAAGAAGAAAAAGGAGCGAAAGGAGAACCUGCAGGGAGAGUCAGCUGGGGAGAAAUCCCGCAUCCGCAGCAAGGCCAAGGCUCCUCCCACUCGCCUCACCUACAACAGCGCCAGGACCUGCGACAGGAAGAUGCAGCAGAUGGUGUUUGACUCCAUGCGGCCCCAGGAGAUAGUGGAAGAUGAGGAAGUAGAGAGGAUCAAGGCUCUUCUGCAGCGCGAAAACCUCAUCCGGGGUCUGGGCAUCGUGGAUCACCUCUCUCGACUACUCCACACAACUGAGCCCAGGCCUGUGGAUGUCCACAGGCCCCACAUCAAUAUCUCCGAGAGCCAGCCGCGAUUCCUUCAGGACGUGUUUGGGAAGCGGGAGACACAGGGUUUAAUGACCCUCGUCCCCCUCUCACUCCUGAGAGGCACAGUCCGGGAGUUAGGACAGCAGAUCAUGCAGCAGCCUGCGGCCAGGGCCCGGAUGCUGGGCAACCAGGGCUUCAUUCCCACCCUCCUGGGUACCCUGUCAGGCGUGGGCCAGAGCAUCCCCUACCGCGCACAGUAUAAGCCACAGCAUGGCCUGCAGCCGCAGAAGAACAUGAGCUGGUUAGGAAGCCACACUCUGGGGACACCGAUGGUCACCGAGCCCUGUGCUCUGGCAAAGAUACUGAACGAGGGAGGCCGGAGAUUCUCCAGCGCCAGAAACAAGGUCGAAAGCCAUGCCCAUGUCCCCAGGCGGUCCCUCCAUAUGGGCAGUGGUUACACCGACUCUCUGACAUACCUGGCUCAUGCUGGCAAGGCUCCAAAUCACACGUAUAGCGACUGCACCUUCCCCUCAGUGACAGACUCCCUCAACCGUGCUGCAGUCCAUGAGCUAGCCAUCAACUCUGCCUCUGCUCCCAUCGUCCAGCGCUCAGACACCUCACACCGUGCCAAUGCCAUGUCCAUUCUCCACUUCAACCACCACAGGAAAUGGACCUGAACCUUGGCCAAACAGUCUCUGGGGAAGAAAGGGACCAACGGCCUUGGGAAUCCUGCAGCCAAAGGUGAUGGCUAUGCCAAAAGACUUGCUUUCUUCUGCGUGGAAGGGAGAAAAACCUCCAAGGGGCCAGGCAGAU